AUGUCUGCGCCAGGCGGGGCCCCCAGCCCUGCUCCCCGAAGUGGAAGCAUGGGGCCCGGUGGUGGCAUGUCUAUGCCUCCUCAGCAGCCCAUGACCAACGCCGGGCCUGUCACUCCGGGUCCUCCUGCGCCUCCGCCGCCGCCUCCCGGUGGUCCGAUGUCGCAGCAGAACCUCAAUCAAAUAGUCAUCGAUUAUCUUGCAAAGAAGGGCUAUAGUCGUACGGAGGCUAUGCUACGUAUUGAGUCGGCACAUCAAGAAAUCGAUGGCCGUCCUCCUAUGCCCCCUCUUGGCGAAGAUGCACGACCCAAGUACAGGAUGGGUUUUGACUUGCUCAAGGUUUGGGUUGAAGACAACUUGGAUCUUUACAAGCCUGAACUGAGACGUGUCCUCUGGCCGCUGUUCGUAUACACUUUCAUCAACAUGGUAUCUUCCUUCAAGCCGCAGGAUGCCAAGCAGUUCUUUGAUCUGAACAAGAACCUCUUCUUGCCUGAGCAUACAGAAGAUGUGCGCGCAUUGGAGCCAAUCAGCUUGCCAGAGCAUGUGCAAGCCAAUUCGACCGCCAAGCUAUAUCGUACAAACAAGUAUCGUUUGGUUCUCAGCAACCCCGCCUUUUCGAACCUCAUGCAAUUCCUGGAAAGCAAGCAGAAAGAGGGUGGCUCAGAUAUGACUGCAAUUCUAAGCAGUUAUUGUACUAUCAUCACCAAAGAGCGUACCGCGGACGAUAGAUUCAGUUUCGCUGCGAUGCUGGGCCAAACAGAUGGUCAGACAUUUCCCAGUGAAGAUGAAGGCAUUCCUGGUCACCAUCCCGGCUCUGCAUACACUGGAGACAACCCGAACAUGGCGGGAACUCUGCCCAGGCUUAAGCUAGGAAAGCUUCCUCUGGAGCAAGCCCUCGAGACAGAUGUUAGGGGCGAGCUGGCGGAUGAGGAUGCGAAGAACCCUCCAGGCCCAGGUCAGAACACUCUGAUUCAAGAGUUUGACCAGAUGAUCAAGAAGGAAGAGGAUGAAGAAGCUCCAACUCGUGCUGAUAUCCCCUAUCCUCCGUCAACUGCUCGAGACGUGGCUAUAGAGAUUCAGAAGGUUAAGGAGAACCGCGACAGAUUCAGGAUUGAGGGCAGAACUGGUGGCGUGGGUCCCGCUGUGAGCGUCUGCAUGUUCACCUUCCACAACACCUAUGAUGGAAUCAACUGCUUGGACUUUUCGGAUGAUCUUAUGCUCGUCGCAGCUGGUAUGCAGGAGUCAUACAUCCGGGUCUGGAGCAUGGAUGGCAAGAAAAUUCAAUCGACCUACGACAACGUGGAUGAUACUCCACCUUCGAACUCUCGCCGUCUAAUCGGACAUUCCGGACCGGUCUAUUCAGUGGCAUUUGCACCAUCGAUUACCAAGACGGACAAUGCCGUCGCCCCGACGAACGCGCGCUGGCUGCUUUCGUCGUCCGCAGAUAAGACCAUCCGUCUCUGGUCCUUGGACCUUUGGCAGUGCAUGGUGGUCUAUAAGGGUCACGACCAGCCGGUUUGGGACCUCCAGUGGGGCCCCUACGGCCAUUACUUUGUUUCUGGCGGACACGACAAGACUGCCCGCCUUUGGGUUACGGAUCAUAUCCGCCAGCAGCGUAUCUUUGUCGGGCACGACCAGGACGUUGACUGCAUCUGCUUCCACCCCAACUCGGCGUACGUCUUCACUGGUAGCUCCGACCACACGGUCCGCAUGUGGGCCGUUACCACGGGAAAUGCAGUCCGCAUGUUCACCGGACACACUGGCAACAUCACUGCUCUGGCAUGCAGCCGCGACGGAAAACUCCUCGCAUCGGCAGAUGACCAAGGAUCCAUCCUACUGUGGGACCUUGCUCCUGGCCGACUGCUGAAGCGCAUGCGCGGUCAUGGAAAGGGCGGAAUCUGGUCCCUGAGCUGGAGCGUCGAAUCAACAGUCCUGGUCUCCGGUGGUGCUGAUGGCACCGUCCGCGUGUGGGAUGUGACGGGCCCGGCUCAGGACCCCUCUCAAGGCCGUGUCGUCGGCGAGGGCGGCGCAGGCACCAAGGUCGACGGCAGCAACCAGCCAGCACCCAGCACUACGCAAACCUCAAGUGCGGUCGCCCCGGGUAUGGGCAAGAAGAAGGGCAAGGAUGUCGUGGUGACGCCCGACCAGAUCAGCGCCUUUCCCACGAAGAAGAGCCCAGUCUACAAGGUGAAGUUUACGAAUAUGAAUUUGAUCAUUGCUGGGGGCGCCUAUCUUCCUUAA